UCUCCUGUUGAUGACGUAACCAAAUGCAAAAUGGCGCUGCUCUGUGAGAGUCACGCUGCGAUUAGAUUUGUUUACUAUCACUUUCUCAGUGCAUUGAAUUUAAUGCAUUAACACAUUUAACGUCGCUUUCUGGGUCUCGAGUGUGUUUUUCUGUUUUAUUUAUAUUUUUCUAUAAGACAAACGCGUGCAUUUUGACUGGGCGUGUGACAUUUACGUGUACAUUUUAUACUCAUACGUACAUGUCUAAGUAAUGAAUGAGAAACAUUUCAUCACUGGUAGAAACACUGGUAGUCUUAUGAAGCUUAGCUGAUGUCUGCUUUUGGGUUGUGUUGCAGUUUGGGUCCCUCAAUUAAAAUGACACCAAGGCUGGCCAGAGUGUGUGCCACAUGUUUAAGUCAUAAGGUCAACCGGAGUGAUCUCAGAAUUGCUUCAUUAGCUUGGACAAAGUGGUUUGGGACAGGUCCAAAAAGUCCAGCUGGAGAUGAUGAUGGUUCUGAAGCACCGGUGCCAUCUGGUCCAACACUUUCUCCAUUCUCAAGGCGAGCUUCUCGAUUUGGGAGGCGACCCUUGUCACCUUUAGAGAGAGUGAGUCAAAUGUUACCCCAGGAAUCGUUAAGUGAGGAGGUCUGGGAACUCAGACGGAAUAAACCAAGUGACGAGAAUGAAGACACGGAAACACAGACUCCAGAGAAGCUCAUGGAAGAUCUAGAUGUUCAUGAACAACCUGGAGAUGUUGACAGUGUUGACAGAGUUGUAAAUCAGCGCAAGGAAGAAAUGAUGCACGCUCAUGUUCUACCUGGGGAGCGUGUGAUGUGUUUUGGAGAAGUCCUGCUUGCUGAGUACCGCCGUAAACGAAGGCUGGAGUUACAGAAGAUGUUCCAGCUGGAGAAAGGAUCUAGGCUGGGGAGCAACUGUGGUUUUGUAGCUCAUGAUGUCAUCCAGGGCUGCCAUGCCGGGACGGUUUUCCGCACCAACCUGGGGCUCCCUAUGCUCAUCCGCAGACCCAGUCUCGAAGAGUUCACGCUGUUUAUGAAAAGAGGGCCUGCUAUUGCUUAUCCAAAAGACGCCAGUGCCAUGCUGAUGAUGAUGGAUGUGAACGCGGGAGACUGUGUGCUGGAGUCGGGGUCUGGAUCCGGAGCCAUGAGUCUCUUCCUGUCCCGAGCAGUGGGCUCUAUUGGAACCGUGCUGAGUGUUGAAGUAAGAGCGGACCACCACAGACGGGCCGUGUUAAAUUACGAGCGCUGGCGUUCGUCCUGGAAGCUGCGCAGUGGAAAUGAGUGGCCUGAAAAUGUCCACUUUCACCUCGGAGAUCUCAUAAAUGCCGCCCCCUUGCUUGCUGGGCGGAGCUUCAAUUCCGUGGCUCUGGAUAUGAUUAACCCUCAUCUGGCUUUACCCACAGUCAUCCCUCAUCUCCAUACAGGAGGUGUGUGUGCCGUCUAUCAGGCCAAUAUUACACAGAUCAUCGACUUAAUGGAAGGACUUCGCUGCUCCACACUUCCUCUGGUGUGUGAACGCAUCAUCGAGGUGCAGUACAGGGAUUGGCUGCUUGCGCCGUCGCUCAAAAAAGACGGCUCCUUCCACCAGCGAAAAACAUCUCCAGGUGAAGAAACCACAGAGAGCGAGAAUGACGACUCAAAUGAUGAAGCACACGAGAGUCCAGCACACUUCCCGUUCGGGAGCAUCCCCUACAUCGCUCGUCCGCAUCCUGAACAGAACGGACACACAGCGUUCCUUGUGAAACUGAGGAAAAUAUCCAAAUAGCUUGUGUAUAACUUCUACACCUAUCAAGACCCCGAAGCAAGCUGAUAACACAUUAAGGCUUACGUUUGCAAAUGAUGCUUCAAUAAAUCUGAUUGUCCUGAUUUGAUUUUCCAACAGUGAGAUUAUUUUGAUAUUAAAACUAUUCUCUGAAUUUAGUGGGAAAAUCAAGAGCAAUCCAUUAAUGCGUUUAUUGCAUUGCUAUUUAUUUUUAUUUUAACACAAUGCAGUAAUAUUUCUUUGACAAGCCUUAAAUAAGUUAUUUCCGUUUUGUUUUAUCACAUAUGUCUAGGAAAGCUGUUAAACAUUUCAUAGUAUGUGUAAUGUGCUUUAGACUCUUCAAAAACAUUGCUAUUAAAGUGUCACGUGAACAUCUAGUGCUGUACAGAAGAGCUGAAAGUACUUAAUAAAUACUUAUGGAUAAUGAUAAA